AUGGCAGAAACUCUUCGUAUGGCUGUUGCUGUUCUAGGAAAUUUUUCCUCACUGUCUCUCUAUGCGGCACCAAUUGUGACCUUCAAAAGGGUCAUAAGGAAAAAAAGCACAGAGGAAUUUUCAUGUGUUCCUUACAUCAUAGGAAUGUUGAACGGUCUCCUUUUAACUUGGUAUGGAUUGCCAGUUGUUAGCUACAAAUGGGAAAAAUUUGCUCUUGUCCCUGUUAAUGGAGUUGGAUUUCUUUUGGAGCUUUCUUAUGUUCUCAUUUAUUUUUGGUAUUCUUCCAACAAAGGAAAGGUGAAGGUAGCUAUGAUAGCUUUACCAGUUCUUCUAUUGUUUUGUGUCAUUGCUCUUGUAUCAUCUUUUGCUUUCCCUGAUCAUCGACACAGAAAGAACCUUGUUGGUAGUGUUGGUUUGGGGGUGUCAAUAGCAUUGUAUGCAUCACCUUUGAUUGUUAUGAAGAAAGUGAUACAAACAAAGAGUGUGGAAUUCAUGCCACUACCAUUAUCAUUCUGUACAUUUUUGGCAAGUCUAUUGUGGCUUACAUAUGGACUUCUCAUUCGAGAUAUGUUCGUUGCGGGACCAAAUGUGAUUGGAACUCCCUUGGGAAUUUUACAGCUAGUUCUCCACUGCAUAUAUUGGAAAAGAAAAGUGAUUAUUGAAGAACCAAACAAGGUGGAUCUUGUUCAUAAGGGAGUUAGCUUAGAGAAUUUGGACUUGGAAAAGAAUGUGACAAGUUCUUAG